UGCAAAUGGAAUUUCCCAUAUUGUAGUUAUAUAUUGAUAGUGAAAUUGCAACACUGCCUCAUACGUAUUGAGCCUAGGUAGUCCACAUCGUCCAUUGCCUUUUAGUAUCACCGCAAGAAUGGACAACAAAAAAUUCGCUGUGGCAGGAGAAACCGUGGCUGGUGCGGCUAUCGGGGCACCCUGUGGACAUGUUUUAGCCAGCGGAGGCGCGGCGGCUUGCGAGAUAUGUGGAGUAGCUUGUGCAGUGGGGGCUGUGACAGGGGCUGUUAUUCUUUGCGCGGCGUGUUACGUUGGAACCAAAUAUAGUAAACUGCACCCAGUAGGCAAAGGAGCUGUGGUAAUUUCAUCUACUGGGGUUGGUGCCUUUACUGGCGCAAGUGUAGUUGAAUCCGCUGCAAUUGGUGCCGGUGUUGCUGCCAGUUUACCUGCUAUGAUAGCGGGUGCAGCUGUCGGUGUUGUGGUGGUUGGAGGAGCUGUCGUAAUUGGACACCUUGCUGCCUCAGCUGAUGACAAAGCCAACUUGCAGGGGCAAGUGGAGGAAAUGAGGGGUGAACAAGACAGGAUGAAGACCCAGAUGGACAAUAUGAUGACCAUGAUACAAGGCAUGCAGAACAACAAAAAAGGUGGUUCUUAAGUAUUAAGACUUUUCUUGUGUGAUGACUUCAAAUUGACAGUAGUUCACUUUCACAUUUUGAACACGGACAACAUAUUCCUUUGACUGUACAAUACAUUGCAGCAGGCCUUGCUCGUCCAAAAACCAAUAUAUUCUAAAACAAAAUUUGGAGUUGGCUCCCUUUUACUGAACCGUUAUUUAAUAUAUUUAUCCAAAUAUUUGGUAAUUUUCCAAUACAGGAGCCGAUAGAGCUGGAAUUAAAACGAACACUUGUGCUAUCAUGUAAGGGAACACAAUAUAAUUAUCAGGGUCAUGUCUGUUUCAUACCAAUCACUUGAUUCUGAUUGAUCAACAGUGAGCCUGUUUAUAUCAGAACAUUCUUAUUCACUCGUACAAGAAUUGAAAUUAAUUAAAGUUAAUAACCUGACCCAAUGACUGACAAAGUGUCGCACGCAGUGAAAUUUGACAUGAACUCUUUCAAAGUGUUUGGAAUACAUAGUCAUUUGAGUAUCAACAAUUGGAAACUAUAUUCAAAACCAUCUAAUCUACAUCAAUUUUGUUUUCAUCCACAGCAGGCUUUGAUUGGUAACACUCUUAAAACCUCUGUUGUUCAAAGCAGUUUAGUUUGAUUCUAUAUACUUAUCACUUAGACAUAUCUUGUUAUAAAAUAUGUUUAAUACAUUAAAUAGUGAUAAUGUUAUUG